CGUUGUCGAGUUGAUUUGAAUCGCGCAAACAGUUCGCGGUUGGAUUAUAUAAAUUUGUGCAGUCAUUUCAUCUAUUAUUUUAUUCUAUAAUAACUACAAAAAAAAAAAAAAUUCUAAAUGUUAUUUGCAGUGCCGAUACAAAAUUAAACGAAGAUAUUUAAAUAUACCAAUAGAUGGUUAUUUUUGUGAAAACAUAAUUUAUAUUACAUACUUACAAUACAAACACAUCGACAAAAAAUACUAUAAAAUGUGCAAAAAGAAGGAAUUUGAUUUCGCGGCCAUAUUUGAUUUGUAACGACAUUCGAGCCACGAAUAGUUACGACGAGAGUCCAACGCACAUAUUUAAUUAUAAUUUAUGCAAAUUGAAAUAACCAAUUUCAUGUGAAUGUGGAAGUUGAAAUAGUGUGUAUUUGUGAAAAAGUGUAAUAAAAGUUGCAACAACAAAUAAUCAAAGAUUUAAUUAAUUUACUUAACAAUUUUCUAUAAAAUUACAUAGCAAGUUUGCGAAAGGCUUGUGAUAUUCAAAAACACCUCUGAAUUCCAACGGAAUUUUAUUAAUGUCGAUGUGUGCUACAGUGGCUAUGUAUCUAAGUGUGUGUGUGCCAAAAUAACAGCUACCUAAGCACAAAAUUCUUGAGAAACACAAUUUUAAAAAGCUAGCAAAAUAAAAAACGACAGGAAACCAGAAAAUCAACUUUGUUAACAAACCGUCUUCACUGUGUUUUACGAUCUUUGCCACAGUUUCUUGUUUAUUGUUUCUGGUUUUUUGUUUUUUGUUAUUUAUUAUUUGUUACUUGCUUUUAUGGAAGAAUUCUCUUCAUUUUAUUGCCAACUUCUGAAUCUGAAUCGUCAAUUUUGAGGUUAUAAAUUCUUUAGUUUCGCAACAAAAAGAAAACUCAAAAAAUAUAACCAUCUCGAACGAGUUUUUAAAUACUUUACCAGCUGUUCCACUGAAAUUUCUAUUUCCUGUUAUAAAUUUGACAAAAUAACAACGAAAAAAAAAAACAAACAAAAUUACAGAAUGGGAGAUUCAACGCCAAUAUGUCGUUGCCGCGUGCUUUAUUUGGGUAGUGCAGUUCCACGACAAAGUAAGGAUGGCUUACAAGGUAUACAAGAGCCUCUGCGCAGUCUAUAUCCAUCGGAAGGAGCAGUAGGUGCCAAAGGUAUCGAUUCUUGGCUAAGUGUUUGGUCAAAUGGCAUACUUCUUGAGAAUGUCGACGAGAACUUAAAACAAAUUACUAGAUUUUUUCCCAUUGAGUCCUUACAUUAUUGCGCUGCUGUAAGACAAGUACUUAUACCUGAACGUGGUAAUUCAAAUCCAGAACCUAAAUUUUUACCACUCGAUUCGCCGUUUGCACGUGUACCAAGAUCACAGCAUCCACCGAUAUUUGCUGCUAUAUUACGCCGCACCACCGGCAUUAAAGUACUCGAGUGUCACGUAUUUAUUUGUAAACGCGAAGCAGCAGCGAAUGCUCUAGUCAGAUGCUGUUUCCAUGCUUAUGCAGAUAAUUCUUAUGCUAGACAGCUGGAAACAGGCAGCACGGGUGGUGGAAGCAGCAGUGUAUAUGGAACAUUAAAAAGUGCAGUUAGCAGUAAAUCAAAUGGCGACUUAACAACUAUAGCCCUAUCGAAUGGGAACCAUCAUCAUCAGCCCGCAUUAAGUCAAAGCGGUUGGCGUUCACGUGCAGGAAGUACAACAACCUUAAACAGUAUCGGUAGACAAUCCAAUGGACAUGCCGGUGGCAUAAGUAUGAACGGUGGAGGUGGAAGUAGUAGCAGUGCUGCCGAGGGAUAUACUUCUGUUAAAAAUUUUUAUGGCAGUAGUGCUGAUUUAAAUGUUAAUGUGGAUGAUGGCGAAGCUUCUGUUUAUAAUGGUGAUGAAAAUCAUAAAGUAUGGAAUGGAUCCCAAGAUCAACUUGACGGUAUUGCAAUGGAAAGUCCCUACGAAAUAUUUUCUGGAAACACAUCUACACUGGGUCGACCAGCUAGAGCUCGUCAAAUAAGUGUACCAAUCGAUGUGCCUCCACCGCCAAUGAAGGAAGAGAGCAACAAAAAGAAAAGAGAUAAGCGUUUAAACAAAUCUUCGGGAAGUCAAAGUUUAUCCGGUACUCUUAUACGACCAAAGCCAAUACAUCCAGGUACAAUGCAGCGACCCGGUAUGCCAAUAGCCCCAUCGAGCUUAAUGUAUGGUCCAGUAGCUGGACCACCACCAACACACAGUACACGUCAUUAUCACACAAUUAGUCAUCGUGGUUUCCCGCCUGGUCCACAAACACCACACCAUCACCCUGGUAUGCCUCAAAUAGCACCUCAUCCACAAAUGAUGCAUCCACCACAUGUAGGGAUACCAAUGCAAGUACCCGUUAUGAUACCACAACAAUAUGCUACGCUACAAUCUGCACGCUCUACAAAGAAGAAGAAAAAAGAUAAAAAGAAUGGGGGUAUGCCAGUUGGUAUGCCUAUUAUACCGCCUAUUUAUACAUAUCAUCAGGCACAAGCUAUAGCUCCAAUUCCACCACAACCUUCAAUGACACAAUCACUAAUUGGUGAACCAAGGCCAAUUGGAAUGUCAAAUCGUAAAUUGGCGGCAUCUAUGGGUAAUGGGUUAGAUGAUUCUGGUAAUUCUGGAGCUGAAUCACCUGGUGGCACUGGCAUCUAUAGGCGUAAAGGUCAUUUAAAUGAGCGUGCCUUUAGCUAUUCCAUACGUCAAGAGCAUCGUAGUCGCAGCCAUGGAUCCCUUGCUAGUCUACAAUUCAAUCCUCCCGAUAUGAAAAAAGAACGUGAAAUAGCACAAAUGGUAGCUGGGUUGGAUUUAAAUGAGGGUGAUGAUCGCUCAUUAUCAACAAUGCAACGAAAACAGGCAGCAACAAACGGGAGUUCGCAACAUCAUCAUCAUGCAAUUUACGGUAAUGGUGGUACAGCUAUUUACGGCAAUGGCAUUGGACCUUCAAACAGUUUUGGGAAACCAAGAAGAUAAAGUGCAAGACAUUUAUACAAAUCAUAUAACCUCCGUAAUAGGAAAAUUCCAAUAUUAUAACUGUUUAAACCGACACACACACCAACUACCAGCGAGUUUAGUGCCGUGGAUUGAAGUGUCGAGUUGCCAUUAGAUAGUUUUUAUGACGCAAUGUUAAAUAGCAACACAACAAAAGAAUAAACGAAUAUAUUCACAGAUAUAUAUAUAGUAUAUAUGGAAGAUUAACACUUAUUGUUAAAAUUGUUAAUAACUAACAUUAUUCUUUUAAAGAACUUACAAAUCUUUUCACAAAUGUUAAUAUCAAAAAGAAAUAUUAAAAACCAAACUUAAAUAUUAUAAAAAGUUUUGGAUAUUAUAGGUUAGGAAAUUAUAGCGAUGCUGGUCAAUCGAAUUGCUAAUCAAUUUAGUUAAAUUAGAAAAUUUGAUCACAAAAUUUUGUUUGGCUAAUAAGAAUGAAAAAAAUAAUCAUAAAAAACUAUAAAUUAAUGCAAUGAAAAACACGUGCCUUAUUAAGUUUAUUUCUGAGUGUAAAAUCAACGAAAAACAUAUGAACUUAUCAUAUUCUAAUUUAAAUUUUUAAUUUAGAUACUUUUAUAAUAAUGUGUAU